CAUAAAUCACACCUCGCGCUGCUGAGGCUUAUAUUCGAGACCUUUUUAGCCAUUAUGUGGCGCCAUCUAGCUCCAGGAGCUCGAAGCAUGACUAGAAUCACGCAUUCAAGAUGGACGCCUCCACGUUCUAUGGAAGCUCCGCCAUCGAGAAACACGCAAGAGAAAGACGAAAGGCAUCAGUGACUGCAGCUGAAGCGAUAUUUCUAGCGAUCACCGACGGCAAUGUGUCAGAUGCCGAUCUCUCCGACGAUGAGCUGGUGUCAUCAGAGGUUGUGGCUUCGGACCAUGACCUUGGAGAACCAUCCACUAGCGGUGCUGCUGCUGGUGCUGCUGAGGAAAGUGGCCUGUCCGAAGAUGAAGAUGCUCCAGAGGAAGCGCCGAAGAAACGAAAAAAAACAGUGAACUGGGUGUCAAGAGACUUCAAUCCGGGAAGCAUACUCUGCACUCAUGUCGAAAUGGAGUAUCAGUCGCCAACUGAACCUUUAGAAUAUUUUGUCCGGUACCUUCCAGACGAAGUGUUCGAGGAUCUCGCGGAGUACACAAACAGGUACCAUCUUCAGAAAACCGGGUCAGUGCUUGGAACUACGCCGCAAGAAAUGAAGGUGUUCUUCGGGAUGAUGAUGUACAUGGCUGUCUUGAAGUUUCCCAGGAUUCGUAUGUACUGGAACCCCAGAACACGGAUCGCAGUGAUAGCGGAUGCUAUGCCAAUCAACAGAUUCUUCAAACUCAGAUCUGCUGUACACAUCACAGAUGCAAGUACUCGGGAUCCGAGUAGCACCGACAAGUUCUGGAAAGUGCGCCCACUGAUUGACGUAGUGAAGCGCCGCUGCUUGGAGCUUGAAGUUCUUGAACACUCGAGUAUUGACGAGCAAAUGAUUCCAUUUACGGGAAAAGUUGCCGCAAAGCAAGUCAUCAAGUCAAAGCCAAAUCCGGAAGGUGUGAAAGUGUUUGUACGCUGCAGCCACGACGGACUUGCCCAUGAUUUUGAGAUAUAUCAGGGCAAAGGCACAGGUGUUGACUCCACUCAUGCUCACCUAGGGCUAGGGGGGUCUGUUGUAAUGAGGCUGUCCGAAGCAGUGCCGACGCACAAAAACCUGAAAUUUUUUUUCGACAACUACUUUACGUCAAUUGGUCUCCUUCGAGAACUGAAAGCUCUGGGCAUCCUUGCUACAGGGACAAUCAGGGGUAACCGCCUAAUGGGUUGCAGCUUGAAGUCUGAGAAGGAGCUGAAGAAAGAGGGAAGAGGAAGCAUGGACGAGAAAGUCAUCGAAGAAGGUGAUGUCGUGCUGGUGAGAUGGCUCGACAAUGGUGUUGUAAAUAUUGCUUCAACCCAGGUCGGCGCUGGUGAAGUUGGUGUGGCUAAGAGGUGGAGUGUAGCUGCCAAAGAGAGGAUUGAAAUCCCCUGCCCAGAGGCAAUCUUGUACUACAAUCGAUUCAUGGGUGGCGUGGACAAACUUGAUUUUGUCAUGGCACUUUACCCCAUGCGUGCUAAAACCAGAAAGUGGACCGUGAGAGUCCUGUCACACUUUGUGUCGUUAGCCCUUGCCAAUUCGUGGCUUGAGUAUGUGCGAGACGCGAGCCACGAGGGCCUCGCACGAAGCAAGACACACGACAUGAUGUCUUUUCAGACCGAAGUGGCUCUGAGCCUCAUCAAGCAGAACCAAGAAGUGCAGAAGAAACGAGGCCGGCCAAGCGCCGAAUUCCAAGCACCAGUCCGACAAGCUCACAACGCACGACCAUCGCCACCAAAUGCUGUGAGGUAUGAUGGGAAAGAUCACUGGCCUCAGCAAGUUGAGGCCCCUUUCCCUCAGAGGUGCAGGUACGAGAAGUGUGCCUCCAAGACCAGAGUGCGGUGCCGCAAGUGUGACAUCUUUCUCUGCAUUAGUUCAAAAAAUGACUGUUUUUUUCUCUACCACAACCCAUGAUGUCACUUUGAUGCCUAAGUAUGGCAUUAACACAUGUUUUUGAGUAAUGGAAUAAAUUUUUUUGACCAGU